ACAGUUGUCGUAGCUUGUUAGAUCUUGUACUUUGCACAAAUCCGAAAGCAUUUCACAGGAAAGGAAAAGGGACUAGAACUGUGAUAUAACCAUCCAUAUUCUGCCGAAUCUUCUCUUCAUGCUUUCCUCUGGUAGUUCUGUUAUUCCAACCAAGAAGACCUCUUGAUUCCAACCUCGUUCUCAUCUCAAAUCUCAACGUGCUCUUUCGUUCUGCCUAUGUUCUUAACUAUACUCGGGCCGAAUAAUAAGGCGAGGUUCAUUCGGCCUGCGGAAUUUUGUUCAUGAUCGCGGCUUGGUGUGUGCAGGGCUGCCUAGAAAUCACACAGAGACCACGAGCAAGAGCAAGCAAGAGCCAUCAUGGCCAAACGCUGACCACCACACAUUACAUACAUUAUACUCGCUUAAUCUGAUUUGCUGUCUAUUUGUAACAAAUCUUCUUAACAUCUCAAAAAGUGCAGAAAAGCAUUCAUUGAAGAUUAAUAGCAAUGGCGAUCCAAGAUUUGCAGACUUUUAUCCAGACCUACGCCCCUGGCGGAUGCGUUUCUAUCGACCUGCUGAAAAUUGCUGCCAGAAAUAGGAAGGCACAACCACCUGGUCGAAGACUUAGGCUUGUACUUGAUGCAGAAUGCUGCCUCGACAGAUUAUAUGGUGGCUUUUUCUCAGACUGGGCUAGUGGUGGCCAGUGGAAUAGAAUGGUGCAGUUCUUGUCUACUCUGAUCCAAAAUAUGCAAGCACAUGGGAUUGAGCUUGUUGUUUUCUUCAACGGCUGCCAGGAGCUGGAUAGAAUUGAACAGUGGCAGCAAGCACAGCAGAGUAUCUACCACAGAGCCACAUCUGUGCUUCGCCAUCUUGCCUCUAAAGGCACACCGCCUCCAAAAGUUUGGUGGAUACCUCCUGAGUGCCUCCGAACUUGUCUCAGAAUGGCUUUGAGGCAUCUCAAUGUCUCUGUGAUGUGUAGUAUGUACGACCACAGGCAGGAAGUAAUUGCUUUCUGCAGAGAAAACAAUUAUCACGGUCUUCUUGUUGAGGAUCCCGAAUACGCAGCUUUUGACCCACCUCGAUACUUCUCUUCACAGCAGCUGAAACUCACUUACAAGGGUGCCCUUGAAACAAAGGAGUACCUAAUAGGAAAAGUUGCUGAAGCAUUGGAACUUCCCAAUAAUAAAUUGCCUAUGGUUGCCGCGCUCUUGGGCAACCAUCUGAUCUCUGAGGAGAGCUUGGAUUCAUUCCACCGCAAAAUAUGCCCAGAGCACCAGUCAGGAAAGAUACCCUCUGAUGUCAUCGUAAAAGCAAUAGCUUCAUUUUUGAAUGGACUAGGGUCAAUUUCUAAUGAUGUUGAUGAAAUAGUUGAUCAAGUCUUUCCUGGGCCAGGAGCUUCCCACUUACGAAGCAAAUUGCAUGCUGCAUUCAAAUAUUACAUGAAUGGUACAAAGGAAGGAUUCCUCAGUUACAAAAGUGGAGCUAAAGGCCGAAAUGGCAAAUUGAAAGGGAAGGCAAAGAUAGAUGCAGAUAAGACAUCUCGAGCAUUAAAAUUUGCCUCUGAUGCAUCUAGCUCCAUUGAAGCUAUACAAUCAACUCCAUCAAUUAAAGUUGAUCCUCCUACUUCUGACGAACAACCUAGUGAAAUCGCUAAUGGACUUGCUAGCCUUCAACUAAGCUCUUCAAGCUCCAGCAGCACAAGUAGUGCUCCCUCUCCAAAUCCUACUGGGAAUGAAUGCGAAUUCAAUAUCUCAGUCUUAGUGUCUGCAGAGGUGCUGAGAACUGCCAGUGAGCGACAUACAAAAGGCAUGAUGUCUCCCCAGAUUUACCAAAUCCUCAGUCACGGUCAACUUCGACUGCCAGCUAUACUUGCAGAUGAAACAGAGCUGCCGCCUGUGCACUUAUUUUUCAGGCCUCUACGCCAAAUGGUCUAUGGAGUUCUAUUCAAUUUGCAUCACCUGAGCUUCCUUCAAAGUCACAAGGCAGCCAAAGACAAGGCCUCUCAAAUGGCCCAUAUCAAUCUCGAUUCAAUUACAAUACAAGAAAUAUUGUGGCUCAAAGAUUCAAUGAGAACUGACAAAGUCAAACCAGAGAGAGUAGGAUGGGGCGUGCCCACAGUUCAACGCCUGUGGUUUGGUUCCACUGUUGACGAUAAAAGGAGGCGCUUGAGGGCUUUCCUUUCUUGCAUGAGAUCUGAUACAACCAUGAUUCUCAACCCUCACUAUGUGCCACAGCCAAUGCUCUUAUUUGCUUGUGUUAUUAGGUACAUAAUGUCGCACACUGAAAAACCUAUACUAAGAAAGCAGGAAAUGGACGCUCUGAUUGCUCAGGCCUUUUCUCCAGAACUGAUGAAUGCCAAUUUCCUGCAAGAUCUCCAAUUACCUAGACUGAAUGUAAGAGGUGUUCAACUAGCUGCACUGGUGAUGAAUGGCAUUGAAAAUGCCCUACUGGCCAACGAUGCCUGUGGAGCACCCAUUCCUUGGCUCAUGUGCUGCCCAUGGCUCUAUUUUGAUGGCAAACUUUUUCAAUAUAAAUUGUUGAAAGCCGAAAAUGUACGAGGACUUCCUGACUUGUGUGACCACCGCAUGGAAGAUGUCCUUAAAAUUGAGAAAAUGAAAGAAGCUAUUCUGGAAGGUCUCACUCCCACCUUUGCAAGGGUUGCACCCCCUCAACACUUACCACCUCCGAUAAGGAUGCCAACCCAAGUGAAUCUGAUGGCAGCUCCUUUGAUGUCCGUUUUUCCACCAAACGCAAGGGGGGUGACUCCUCGUGGACGGAACAUGGUAGCUGAAGGAGGACGUCUUAGAGUCGCAGGAAUUGUUGUUGGGCAGUGGGGUGACAAUUAUGGUAGCGCUGCAAAUGGACGUUCCCAAGGACAUCGGAACAAUCCUCCAUAUCAGCAUCCUGCUGGUAAAGGGUUCAUAAAUGCUGGAAUGCCAAAUCUGCAUCCAGGCUAUAACCCUCGUGGUGAUCCAAAAGCAACCCGACUGGCUGUUAGAGGUCGUGGGGCCAUCCAGAAUGGGCGCCGGGGUAGGACAGCUAAAAAAUCCACACCCAAUGGGACUGUCAGCAAGGGCGGCAAAGUCAGCUCAGAAAUCAAUUCGGCCAGCACGCUUAAGACUGAAUCAGGAUUGCAGCCAAAUGGACACCCUGAUGGAAAGACUGCUAGUCUGCAAGAGCCACCUUGCCCGUGAGUUGGUCAGCUGAUGCGCUUAAUUAAGACUUGAAAUGUAGGCCAAUUAUUGCCUGCUCAACUGAUAUUUUUCUAUGUUUGUUAAUUUGUAAUACGAAAGUGAGGUCCCUAGGAAUUUUCCUUAGGGCGCCACAAAUGUUGCCAACAGGUAGGAACGGUUGUGAGUGUUCAAUCCAAAAGAAAUUGUGAUGAACCUUGUGAUAAAAUCAAAGAUAUUUUGACAGAAACAAAACUCGUGUUAGGCAUGCCGUGUAGAUUUCUUUGCAUUGAAUACUUUGAGCCAGCCGCAAGGUGCCUAAAUCUCUGGGCUAGCACCUCGGUAUUUUUGUAAAUGCUACUGUUUCUACCAAUCAAUGGCCAGUGGCCGCUCAAAACUUCAUGAUGCCCACUACAAUGCCCACUCACUACCAAAACACAGUCUGAAACUGGCUAAAUGAUGCCACGAAGAAAACAGAACUGUAAAGUCAAAAAUUAAAAUACCUGGACGGAGACUUCUUGCGGAGUUAUCUGCAGUCUAUUGGUGUUACAACCACAAAUCACUGGAAAAAGCUUAACUUGUUUGUACUGCUGCCCGAAAUUUAAUUUUAAAUCUUUUGCAAGUUAAUUUUUUUUCCGUAAAAACAUUUUAUUUUUAUUUAUUUAAAAGCAGUUGACGCAGAGAUUGCAAAGCAGAUUUUGGUUACACAAUUGCCUCUCCUUUCAUAAUUUAUUGUUUAAAUAAAAGGAAUGCAAUGCAAUGUUUGUCCAGUGAUACAAAUAACAGUGCGAGAAAAUAUGUAAUUAUUUUUAGCUAGCUAGCUAGGGUCCACUGAAUUUUUCUUGCUUUAUUUCAACAGAUUAAAUUUAAAUAAUAGGAAAUCAAACGACAGAAAAAUUUAAUGUAUUCAAUCAAACAAUAAUAUUGUUGCAUAUUCAAUGGUAAAAUGUGGAAGUGUUUGCCUCAAAACUACAUAAAAAUAUAAUGCUGUAACAUAUUUAUGCAAACUUUGGUAAGCUACCAAAAGUACAGCUUGCUUUUAAUUUUAUUAAAUGCUCAUUGAUUGUUUGUAUUACAAAUUAGUAAAUUGAUGCGGCUGCCUGUAUAUCCAGAUGCAAAAGUUAUCAUGGAAAAAAAUUGUUUAUAACCCUUAGUUAAAAUAAAAAAUCCGUGUUGUCAUUCUAUUUGUUAAAUAAUCUACGGAAUCAAGUAGUGUACGACCAUCUGCAAUGGAAAAUAGAAUUUGAAGUACUUUAAUGGUGGAAAUUUGCUAUCGGGAGUAAAAUAGAAAUAGAACAGUAUGUGUAACUAUUUGUAUAACUUUUUUGCUUACCAACCCAGUGGACCCUGUGGAUUACACUUACGAACAAUGAAACUUUAACUGUUACAUACAUUUUAGGACCCGCAGUUUGACGUUAAUUUUAAGAACUGCUGUUUAUCUAAUUUGAAAACUCUUGCCCCCUUCACACACUGCAAAAUUAAUCAAUAUUUAUAAUCUCAACUGCUAUGAUGCAGUAAAAAUUACAUUGUAUUCCCUUAACCACAAAAUAGUCUUAUUGCUUUUGAUGCUGAAGAACGGAGUUAAUCUUUAUGUAAAUUCUCAUGUCAUCAUCUAAAUCAAUCAUUCAUAAAUAAAUGAUCAACAAUUUGUGCUGGCUGGCGUGACAUAAGAAUAAAACCUCUCAACAAAUAUAAAAUGAUUUAAUUUUUCAGUCCUGCCAAAUGUUGUGCAAUGUGCUGAACAAGAAAGAAUUAUUAUCUUAAAUGCUCAUUUGACAUUAACAUAGUUAUGUUUAAUGUAGGGG